UCUCCGCUCCGCUGCAACUUCUACGUACGAUCCAAACCAAGCAGCGCAUCAAUGGCAUCGCCACCGUCGUGGUCCGAUGAUCUCCUGGAUCUCUUCACCGCCGGCCUCCAUGCGGCAUGCAGUCCCAGGCGGCGCUCCAUUGCUUCUAAGCCGUCUUCUUCGCCGUGGUCGGAACUCCCAGAGGAUAUCCUAGGCCUCGUGUUGGCCGGGCUCCCUAACCUGGCAGAUCGCGCCCGCUUCCACGCGGUGUGUCGAUCCUGGCGCUCCUCCGCUCCCCCUCCGCCGCAACUACCAUGGAUGCAGACGGUGCUACGUUCCUGGCAAGCAGUUUCCUCUCAGCUUCCAUGGCAGCAGUGGCCUUGGAAUUGGAUUCACUCCGUGUGCCGCCGUCCGUCCAUCCCCUCAUCACUGCCGCAGCGGCCUUGGAUCGUGCUGCCCGGCGGCUUCUACAAUCACGACGGUAUCUACACUUACAUUAAAGAGUGCACAGGACACGGAUCCAACGCCACUGGCAAUCAGGAGUACACCCCGUUCAAACGCUCCAACAUCAACAGCUCCUUCCCUGACAACUUGCGAUGCAAUAGUUAACAGUUACGCCAUAUGCAUGUCACAAUGCAGCAAUCGGAUACAUUUUUGUUUGGUGAUGCUGCAAUAAUAGGCGUUGUUAUCAAGCAGGUUUGUGCUGUCCACGGUGACGUAGAGACGAUGGUUUUCAUUUUGUUUUCAUUGAACUGCAGAUAAUUUCAUUGACCUUAAGUAUCGCUAUCAUGCUUCUUCCUAUUGUGCAUUACUCAGGGCCGUCUCCAGGAAUUCGGGGGCCCGGUGCGAAAAGAA